AUGGCGUCAAUUAACGACCUGGCCACAGCGGCCAUAGCCACGUCGGCCACGACGGGUAGCCCGGCCGGAGAUGCCGCUCCUACCACUCCUCCCGCCGGCGUCGUCCGCGGCGCCUUCAUUGCGCUCGAGGGUCUCGACCGCAGCGGAAAGACGACCCAGGUGAAGCUCCUCGAACAGCGGUUCGUAGAAUUGGGGAAGAAGGUCAAGGUCAUGCGAUUCCCGGACAGAACAACACCCAUCGGACAGAUGAUUGAUGCCUACCUGAAAAGCUCAGUCGAGAUGGAAGACCACGUCAUUCAUCUCCUCUUCAGCGCCAACAGGUGGGAAGCAGUCAAAAACAUUCAAGCCCUCCUGGAGUCAGGCACGACGGUCAUCUGCGACAGGUACUAUCACUCCGGCAUCGUCUACAGCGCCGCGAAGCAGAACCCCUCGCUGAACCUGCACUGGGCGCGGGCUCCGGAGCUGGGCCUGCCGCGGCCGGACCUCGUGCUCUUUCUCGAUCUCGAGGAGCAAGUCGCGAGGGAGCGCGGAGGCUGGGGCGACGAGCUGUACGAGAAAGCCGAGUUCCAGCGGCGGGUGCGUGACCUGUUUUGGGGUUUGAGUCUUGGCCGCAUCGGCGCGGAUGGUGCGCUGGGGGAUGAGGGCCGCGUGGAUAGGGAGUUUCGUCAGGAGGAGGAGGAUCUGAUUGUUGUUGAUGCCGGCGCGAGCGUUGAGGAGGUCGCGGAGGAGAUUUGGAAAAAGGUCGAGCCUAGAGUGGACGCGGUUGAGAAGGGUGAGGUUGGGAGCACGCCAAUGCGCUCGGCACACUUGGUGCUCCGCCAGCUCAUCCCUCAAAUCGUCAUCAAUUACCGCCGCCAUAAUGCGACCGGCCUUCAGCCCUCCAUGAUGAUGUUGUGGGCCUGGGCGGGCGUGCCGCUCGGCGUUUACAACAUCGUCGAAGACUUCAACGUCGCCCUGCGCAUCCAGCCACAGAUCCUGACGUUCCUAAGCCUCGUCACCUGGAUUCAGUGCUACUACUAUGAGCGAAACUGGUCCGUCGUCCGCUCCCUCGCGGUAGUCACACCUAUCGCGGCCGUCAUGGCCGGAAUCCAAACCGGCCUCGUCUUCGCCCUCCGCAUCCCCAAAUCUCAGGGCAUAGAGUGGCCGAUGAUCGUCAUGGCUAUACUCUCCGCUGCCCUCCUCGCCGCCGGCGUGCUGCGCCACUACUGGGAUAUUUACGUCCAUCGCACCGUCCGCGGCAUCUCCUUCAUCUUCGUCGCCAUCGACGCCGCCGGUGACGUCUUCUCCCUUGUCUCCAUCUUGUUCCAGCCCUCCGUCGAUAUCCUCGGCAUCGUCAUCUACGCCACCGAGUUCGUUCUCUGGUGCGGUGUGUUCGCGUGCGGCGGCUACUACAACCUUUUGCCGUGGGUCCGAAAGAAGAUGCUCGCCAGGGAGGAGGCGAGACGCAACGGUUCCGCGGAGUCCGCGCCGAGCCAGGAUGGAGCUGGCGCGCCGAACAACGGCAUCUCCUUGCACGAAAUGCCUUCCUCGACCUCCGUCUUCCGCACUGCGUCUCGCGACGGUUCUGGUCUCCGGCCUAGGACAAGGGCAUCGCUACAAGGCAAUCAGGAAGCCACCGACUAG